GUGGGAGAAAUCCAAAUCUGGCCGCGUCACUAUAAUGGCUGUCAAUAAUUUAUAAAAGGUGAAUUUUAGAGACACGUCCACGAGGACAUGAGCAGUCUAGACGCACGAAGUCACUGAGGAAGUUUUUAUUCGGUAAUAUGAAGGCCCUCAACAAAGACGAGCUUCAAGUCGCUGAAGGAGUUUUGUUAAAACACUUUCCGAAAAGUUUGAAGGUCUACGGUUUUCUUCAUGGUAUGAACAGAAACAAACCAAGCACCCUGGAGGUUGUUGUUGAUACCUGGCCGGAUUUUAAGGUCAUCAUUUGCCGACCUGACCCCAAGAACAGGCGAGCCCUGGAGUUCAUGAAGAAGGUGACAUACUACAGCAUGGAUGAGCAGGUUUUAAGGAGAAUGCUGGCAGAGGAGAACGCAAUCGACUGGAGCACUUACUUUCUCAUUGGAGGAUUCGACUUUUCCCACGCCUCCAUGCUCAAAGAAGUUUCCGCAGAGAGAGAAGUCAACAACAGAGGCUUCACUUUGGUGCAUCUCAUGUAUUUACCAGACAUCAGCUGCCUGGUCCUUCCAGAAUUUGACAGUGAGCUUGAAUCAAGGAUUUCACCUCUAGACCUGUGUCAUGCUGAAUUAGUGAACAAGCACUGGAAGUUUGGUGGGGACAAGAAGGGCUUCAGGAACAUUACAAACCUCAUCAGUAACUUCCCAUCAAGCUGCAUCACUGAUGACCAGGGUCAGCCUGUGUCCUGGAUCCUGGUUUAUGAUUAUUGCGCUAUGGGAAUUUUGUACACACUGCCGGAGCACAGAGGGAAAGGUUACGCCAAAGUCCUGAUCUGCAGCUUGGCAAAGAGACUCCACGCUGAGGGAUAUCCGGUCUACUGCUUUAUCGAGGAGGACAACACGCUCUCCCACAGGCUCUUUAAAAACCUAGGCUUCACUGAGGAUCCUUUAUACAGAGCAGGAUGGUUUGAGUUUAACGUUUGAUAGUGAUGGUUUUAUGCAUGCACAAAAAUCCUGGAAUUCAAACAGCUGGAUUUUUUACCCAAAACUUUACCUGCAAGGUAAAAUUUCAAAGCAGAGUUGUUGUGAGCGGAUGUGAGACCAUAGCAGGAAAAUAAUCAGGAUAAUCCACUAAGAGCAAAUGAGAGGAGGUGAUGAUAUUCGUGAUGCAUGAUGCUAAUUCUAAUUCUUUCCUCUUGCCCGUAUGCUCCUUACCAAUCAUUUCUUGAUACUGUGAAGACAUUAGAGGUAGCAUUGAUAUGAACUGUCAUCAACUCAUUGGAUCAUCAUUUCUGUGUUGCCAUUUUUAUGUCCCGUUGUGCCUCUGGAGACACCAACCUUACUGUACAACAGUAAAAGUCUUCCUCUGUGAGCAACAUACAUUUGUAAAUGGUGCAACUCAGGGUGGGAUGUCAUGAAAUUGUGUGGAAAUUUUCAGCAGUGCAUGUGUAAAAGAGACUUAAGCUCCUGUUAAAAAUCUCUCACACUACAUGUUGCCUUAUUGGAAGAUUUUACAAACCAUGUGCUCAGCAGGCAGCACAGUAUAACAGGGUGCUGAUCCAAAGAGAUCAGCCAGGAGAGUGUCAUUGCUUGAUUUUUAAUCUCAGAGAGCAUGUUUAUGGGUGAAAUUGCAUAAUGUGCUGUGAUCCUCCUGUUGCAGAUACUUCCUGCUCUGCGUUGUGAUUUUGCUUUCUUUAUUUUUAUGUAUUGAGCUCAGUAUUAGACUUCUCUUUGUGAUUUCUGAAAAGGUUUUUUUUCUUCCUACCUAAAAUAAUUUACAGCAUUUGUCAUCAUUUCCCACAGCCUUCCCUUUUGGAAAGCCGUGGUGUCACCCAUCUUUCUAUAAAGUCUGUGGUUAUGAUAUAUGACAAUCUUUUAAAUGUAUGAUGUACACAUUAUGAAUCAUAAAGUAUUAAAGGGAAGUGUGAUAAAAAAGGAUUAAUUUAAAGGAAAUUAAUUAUUUCCUAUCAUUGCUGUAGCACUUUCCUUGGUUCAUCUUAAAAGAUGUGAAUCAUGAUAAUGAAAUAACAGUGGGCAUUAACUGUCACAUGCACAGUCAUGUCACUUUUUCCUAAUUUGCAUACAGGGAAAUAAAUAAAUUAAACUCAGUUUGUGUGUGUAUCUCAGUUCCUAAACUGUGUCUUCAGUUUACUGAAGGUUGUUACUGCUUUGUGACAUAUAAAGUAUUUGAGGACGCUUGGUCGGGAAGGGCACUUGAUCACAGUUUGUCUUAUGAGAGAGCACCCUGAAGGAUACUUUGUUGUGCACUUCAUAAUGUCUUAUGAACUUGGGCACUGGCGUGCUCAGAGGUGGGCAGUGGAAGGCAGUGACCCCGCUGGUUAAAAGUGGACAACGGAUGAAUUUUAGUUAUUGUGCUAAGUCCACCAUAUUUACAUUGAUGUGUAUUGUGAAAAUGUUUAUUGAUAUGCACUGGCCUAAUCAAAUAAAUAAAAAUUUUAAAAACUGACAAAAGAAAGGGCAAACGGGCUUACAGCACCAACAAUUGGUUAAAAGUGGAAAAAAA